AUGAUCCGGUCGUUAUUUUUGACGAUUUUAGUUCUAGUGGCUGUGACCGCAAAGAAAUCGGCGCCCGGCGAAAAACCUUCUUGGGCGAAGAAAGAUAUUCGCUUUUAUUCAGAAGCAGACAUGGAGAGGUUGCUUGACCAAUGGGAGGUAUUAUAUAAAAUACUUAGUAUACAUUGUUGACCUUGAAACUACAUCACACUUGAACUUGUUUUUUUUGUGCAUUCCACGCUUCUGUAUAUAAUGUUACUAUGUACUUAAAUGUUUACUAUUUCUGUUUUUCCUAAUGUAGGAAGACGAAGAACCUUUACCAUCCGAUGAACUACCCGAACAUUUGAGACCACCUGUUCAAAUUGAUCCAACUUUGGUAAUUAUAACUCAAUAAUUUGUAUCAUCUGUUCAAUAUCAUGUUUGAAUAGUACUUUUUCAUCAUAAAUUAAAACUGAAAGUUAUUAUGAUGGCAAACAACACAUUUAUUUUUAUAAAACACAAAACAAACUAAUUAAUAAACUAAUUUUUGAUUGUUAGAUAGGAAAUGAUCCUGACGCCUUGUUAAAACUAUCCAAAAAAGGUAAAACUUUAAUGACAUUUGUUAAAGUAUCGCCCAAAUAUUCAAAAGAUGAAGUUGAAAAAAUAACCAAACUCUGGCAAUCAAGUUUAUGGAACAACCACAUUCAAGCAGAAAGGUUGGACAAAUUUAAUUUAUUUUAAUAGAUAGUUUAGUAGGUACUGUCAUCAGCUAUCUGAUAUGUGUCAAGAAUGUAGGAUAUGAAUUAAUUGUUAGACGUUAUAUUAUAAUGGUUAAUAUGUUAUGACUAGAGAUCAGAUUUAUAUUCUUUUAUAAUCCACAAAAAGGAGCUUUAAAACAUCAAAAAAUCUCUAAAAGUAUUAACAAACAUUUAAAAAGCAAAAAUUAGAUUUUAAGAACAUAUAAAUUAGGUCUCUACCUAUAACAUAAUUUAUAUACUUACUGUAAUGUCACUAAGCUUGUAUUGUUUUUUUUUUUAUUUUUUACUGUAUUAAGUAAAACAACUAGUGUUUCUUUGCUCUCUGCUGUUUUUUAAUUUUUCUAAAUAUUUAUUCUGUAUAAUACCUUAGCAAAAAUGUUCUAAUUUGGUAGAUAGAUUUUUUUUUUUAUUUCAGUACCUAGUUAUUAUAACAAUAACAUAACCUUUACAGUUAUAACACAGUCAAAAUGUAUAUCUAUUGCAUACAAUAUACAUAUAUAUUUAAAUAUCUAUUAUAACAGCCCAAAAUGAUCAGGUAUUAUCUAGAAUAAAUGUGUUCUCUUGCUUAUAAAAUUAAAUUUAUUUCAUAAAAAAUGCAUGUAUUUUACAGUGUAUGCAUAAAUUGAUUACUGUCCAAAAAAUCAAAUUACUGAUAUUAACUAUUAUUAUUAUUUAGUUUCAUUAAAAUUUAAUUCAUAUUAUCAUGUGGCCUAAAUACCAAUUAUUUUGUGUACUGGUAAUAUUUAUUAGGUUGGUAAAUAUUAUUCUUUUACUAUUUGUGUGUGUAAAUACAAAAAUAGAAAACUACUUCAUGCAUCUUAUCUUUUAUUGUUAUCUCUGAAUGAACUUUGACAGAGUUUAGCAUUUUGUAUAUGGAUUUCAGUUUAGCAUAUGUAUGCACCUUGUGUAUUAAUCAGUUUGUAUGCUACUGUGCUAGUGUUAUAUUAGAAAACGCUUAAUAAAUUUGGUAAUAUUCUAUGUAUGUAUAGUAUAAACUCAUGAUUACAAAAUAAUAAAUGUUCUAAUUGUAAUCAAAUAUUAUCUAGUAAUUCUAAUUAAAUAUUAUGACGUGUUAAUUGAAUUUUUUUUUAUGUAUAGAUUUAUGGUUGACAAUAAUCGUGCUAUAUUCAUGUACAAAGAUGGUUCACAAGCUUGGGAAGCAAAAGAUUUUAUAAUACAACAAGAAGACUGUGUUGAUGUAACAAUUGAAAAUCAAGUAUAUAAGGGACCAGCUAAUCCAUUUGUAAGUAUUUUUUUUAAAUAUGUAUAGUAUGACUUACAUAAAAAGUAUUAUAAUUUUUAUUUUUAUGAGUCAUAUUUAAAUGAAUAUUAUUUUAUAAUUUUAAAUUUUUUUUACUAAAGAUUUUAAUUUAUUUAUUGUGAAAUUUAAUAAUCGUCAAGUAUUAUCUCGAAUUAUGGAAAGUAUAAUUUUUCAACAGUUUUCAUAAUACACGUGUCUAUUUACCUGUUUAUUUAGUAUAGAAGAUAUUUCUUCUUCAGACCUGUCAAUGUUUGAAAACUCGCGUAGUAUGCUAUCUGCACUGAAAUUGUAUCUACCGCAACCGCACUCCAUCCCGUUCAUGUUUUAUUUUUAUUUUUACACCAAAAAGCCCUUUUCCCGAUUAUUUUUAAGUGUUUGAUUCUUGCAACUUUUAUUGUUAUUACAAUAAGAUGUUUUAAAAAAAAAAAUAACAAAAUUGAAAUUGAGUGACCACGCGUAGUAAAUCACUGUAUAUUUCACAGAACAAGCAUUUUAUUUUAACAUACUAUUGUAUUUAAUCUUAUAAUUUAUGUAUUACAGUAAUUUACUGUUUUAAACUCUAUGUUAUACUCUUGAAAAGUUCCUAACUUCUUAAGAUUAGCUUCUAAUCUUAUUAUUAAUGUUAAAUUAGUCAUUUAAACAAUUGUCUAUAAAUAACACUUUUAUACAUUUUAUUAUCCACUUUAAGAUCACUUACAUGUUUUGUCAAAACAUUAAAUAUUUCUGGAAAUAAUAGAUUAUCACCAACUAUAUUUGUAAUUCAUUUUUUAUUUUUCAGGUGGAAGGAAACGUUGAAAAAGUGGAACUAUAA